AUGUCGGUGUGGAGGUCACUGGUAUGGGAUGAUAUCAGGAUAUCCGGUCAUCACCUCACGGGAAAGGUCGACCGCUGUCGCACUGCUGUCAACGGCGCGCGGCCCCUCCGGAUACCUCACUCCCUUCUACGAAACAACCCUGCCCCGAAGGCUGCCUAUCAUUGA